AUGACUCACGACGAUACUCACUGCACUGUCUCCCUUGAAGGUGGUCGAGAAACUUUUACGGUUGAGAAAAAGUACAAGAUUAUACGCAGGGUCGGAUCGGGAUCGUAUGGAACAGUUUGCAGUGCCAUUGAGCUCGCCACCAAUGACGUGGUUGCCAUCAAAAAGUGCUUUCGAAUAUUUGAUAAGAAGCUUAUCACCAAGCGGUGUCUACGCGAGAUAAAGUUGCUACAGCAUUUCAACGGCCAUCCACGCAUCAUCAAUCUACGUGCUCUUGAUAUCGUCGAUUACCAUGAUUUUAAUGAGGUGUACUUGAUUCAAGAUUGCUGCGAUACGACCAUGGCAGAUAUCAUUCAUUCACGACAACGAUUGGAACCCGUGCAUUAUCAAUGGUUCAUGUAUCAACUCUUUUCAGGUCUUAAAUAUAUCCACAGUGCCAAUGUACUGCAUCGAGAUUUGAAACCAGCCAACAUCUUAGUAAACGAGAAUUGUGAUAUACGGAUUUGCGACUUUGGUAUGGCGCGUGGCUAUUCUUCACAAUCCUCACAGUUGGAAGCCAUGAAUAUGACACAUUACGUCGUGACACGUUGGUAUCGAGCUCCAGAAGUCAUGCUAAGCCCAAAUACAUACGACAAAGCAAUUGACAUGUGGUCUGUGGGAUGUAUUUUUGCCGAGCUAUUGGGACGCAAGGUGCUAUUCAAGGGAACGGAUUACGUUGACCAGUUGCACAAGAUUGUGGGGAUUUUGGGGCUACCGGAGGAUACAUCUUUUUGGGACAAGAACGCAUCUGAAUUUGUGAUUGAAUAUAUCAAGAACCUUCGAGAUGGCGAUGGCUUACCACCACCCAAGGAACCCAUCGACUUUGGAUCUUUGUUCCCUGAUUGCCCAUUGGAAGGAAUUGAUUUACUCAAGAAUCUAUUGCAUCUCAACCCAGGAUUACGCAUCACGCCUGAUGAAGCACUUGCACAUCCCUUUGUGGAACAGAUGCGGGAUCCAGCUGAUGAAGUGGAUUGUCCAGAGACAUUUGAUUUUGAAAGUUUCGAAUAUUUACAAGAAGAAGAGGCGCUACGACGGAGUAUUAUACAUGAAGUAAUGCAUUCCAAGGGGCUCCUCAAAGGAAGAAAUCGACGAUUACUCAGCGUUGAACCUAUCGAUACCGACAUGGAUUCAUCCAACAAACGACCCAGACGACGCUAUACUGGCAGCUCUAUCUCAACACCUCAUUCAGCAUCUGCAACAGAAGCACAUCAACAUGCUAUGGCAGCUGUACAACAAGGUCGUGAAAUCACUGUGCAGGACACGGAAAUGAAUGAGGAGGGUAGCAGUAGUGGUGGCGGCAUGAUAACGGAUCGAUUUGUCGGUGAACCAGAAGACAUGGAUGAAGAAGACUUUAAGCUUAUGGAUAGCGAUGACAGUAUACGCGUUGAAUAUCGUCGUCGUCUCGUAGGCCCAUCAGGUGCAGAUGUUCAAGCUCUGGAACGCCAUCUUAGUAGGGAUUGGUAG